AUGAGGAUCAUGGCCUUCGUGACCUUCUGCGGGAUGAGGACGGGGGACCUGCGGCUGAUCGCUAGGACUGUGCUGCCGAAAAUUUUCUUGGAGAACCUCCAUCUGCAUGCAUGCGAGGUGCUGAAAGGGAGGCGAGCUGUUGUGCUCACCACCUUGCCGAGGCUCAUGGUGGAGGGAUUCUUGAAGGAGUACUUAAAGGUGGGGGAGGUGGUGGGGGCGGAGCUGCAGGUGGUGAAGGGCUGCUACUUCACGGGGGUCAUCUCUUGGCUUGACAAACAGAGAGCUCUCAGGGACAUGGUCAAGGCCGGUGUGGCCAUUGUGAACCUCUCCAACGUCCACCACCACCAACUCUCGGCCAAGAAAAUUUAUGUCGUGAGAGAGGAGGAAUCAAGGAGUGAGAGCAGCAAAAUGCCGAGAAACAAGUACCCGAAGCCACUUGUGUUCCAUGACGGAAGACUGGCUUUUCUCCCGACGCCAUGCGAGAUGAUGGCGUUCUUCAUGUGGAUACCCGUGGCAAUCCCUUUGGCCGUGUUCAGGAUCGCGAUGGGGAUCGUUUUCCCUUAUAAAAUAUCCAUCUUCAUCGCCGCCGUCACCGGAAUCCGAUUCCGGAGGGCCGGAGAUGGGAAAGCGAACGGGGAGAAGAAGGGGGUGGUGUACGUGUGCACGCACCGGACGCUAUUGGACCCGGUGAUGCUGUGCUCGGCGCUGGAGAGGACGGUGCCGGCCGUGACGUACAGCCUGAGCCGGGUGUCGGAGGCGUUGGCGCCGAUGCGGACUGUGCGGCUGACCCGGGACAGGGGACGAGACGCGGCGACGAUGCGGCGGCUGCUGGCGGUGGAGGGGGGCCUGGCGGUGUGCCCGGAGGGGACUACGUGCCGGGAGCCGUACCUGCUGCGGUUCAGCCCGCUGUUCGCGGAGGUGGCGGAGGAGGUGGUGCCGGUGGCUCUGGACGCACGGGUGGGAAUGCUGUACGCUACCAAGGCCUCCUCUUCUCAACCAAAUGGAGGAGAUAAUCUCAGGCUGCUAGCAGAGGCUGGUUUCUGUAACGCAGCAGAGCUGAGCGACAAGGCAGGUCUGCAGAGCUGUAGAGAAGGUCUGCAGAGCGGCAGACCAGAGCGGAAGACUAAGUCUGUAGAGCGAAAGACUAAGUCUGCAGAUCGGAAGACCAAGGCAGGCUCUGCACCCUUCACCAUGAGGCUUUGCUCCCUUCACCGCGGUGCUCUGCUUCCUUCUAUUGCUACGGACUCUGCUCCCUUAUAUGACUAUGGGCUUCACUCCCUUUGA